UUUUAAUUCAAUUAUUUAAUGAAUCAUAAUACAUCGACAACUUGUUCUAAUUUUAUGAAUCAAUUUGACCAACAACAAACUUAUUAUAUUCAUGAUUGUCAAUUGAGAACACAAUCAAAAUAUUGUUUACCAUCUGAAAUUGAUCAAAAUAAAUUAGAAACAAGAAUUGUAAUUGAUGAAAUUAAUCAUAAUCAACCGAAUUAUUUAUUAUCUUCACAAUUUCAUGAACCUUUAGAACAGAAUUUAAAUGUGUUUUCUAAACAGGAUAAUGAUUUAAUGAGUAUGUCAAGUCAAAAAUUAGAUAUACCUUUAAAAAGUCAAUUGAGUAUUAAAGAAAGUCAUACAACACUAGAUAAAUUACAUACAAAUUUAUCAAAUGAUUUAAUAUAUGAUAAUGAUAAUAAAUGUAUAACAGUGAAAUGUGAAAAUCUUGGAAAUAAUAAUGAAAUACAAUCUACAAAUCUAGAUAAUGUUAUUCAAGGAAAAAAACGUGAAAUAUGGGAUUCGAAAAUUGAUUUCUUAUUGGCUGUUAUUGGUUUCGCUGUAGAUCUUGGAAAUAUUUGGCGAUUUCCAUUUAUAUGUUAUCGUAAUGGUGGAGGUGCAUUUCUAAUUCCUUAUUUAGUUAUGUACAUUUUUGGUGGACUACCUUUAUUUUAUCUUGAAUUGGCAUUAGGACAAUAUCAACGUAGUGGUUGUUUAACUGUAUGGAAAAGAAUAUGCCCUUUGUUUAGCGGCAUUGGCUUUGGAAUUUGUAUAAUUGCAAGUUAUACAGCAUGGUAUUACAAUACAAUUAUUGCAUGGGCAUUGUUCUAUAUGAUUGACGCUAUGAAACCACAUAUACCAUGGGAUGGAUGUAAUAACUGGUGGAAUACAAAUUCUUGUGUUACCGUUUAUGAAAGGUUGAUCAAUCAUUCUAUGCUGAAUGCUUCACAUAAAUAUGAACUAAAUGAGUUGGUCAAUUUAUCAAUAGCUAAUCUAAAAAUUAAUGGAAGUGGCGAAGUGUUUUCUUCAACAGAAGAAUAUUUCUAUCGUCGAGUUUUACAAAUUCAAUAUGCGGAAGGAUAUAAUAAUGUUGGUCCAAUACGUUGGGAGAUUAGUCUCUGCCUAGUUGCAGUAUUCACAAUAGUUUAUUUUUCGCUUUGGAAAGGAGUUAAAAGUAGUGGAAAAGCUGUAUGGGUAACUGCUACCAUGCCUUACGUCAUUUUAACUAUCCUCUUGAUUCGUGGUUUGACAUUAGAAGGUUCGUUAACUGGUAUUAAAUACUAUCUUACACCAAAUUUUUCAAGUCUGUUAAGCACUUCUGUUUGGAGUGAUGCUGCAUCUCAAAUAUUCUUUUCACUUGGACCAGGCUUUGGUGUUCUGUUGGCAUUAUCCAGUUAUAAUAAAUUUCAUAAUAACUGUUACAGAGAUGCAAUGAUUACCAGUUUCAUUAAUUGUGCAACAAGUUUUGUGUCAGGAUUUGUAGUCUUCUCUGUUUUGGGAUAUAUGUGUUUCCGUAUGGGAAAAACAAUGGAAGAUGUAGCAAAUGAAGGACCUGGUUUAGUAUUUAUUGCUUAUCCUGAAGCAAUUGCAACAUUAGCUGGUUCAACAUUCUGGGCAAUUAUAUUCAUGUUAAUGUUGAUAACAUUAGGUCUUGACAGUACAUUUGGUGGUCUUGAAGCAAUUAUAACAGCAGUUAUGGAUAGUGUUCCUGCUUUAUCUGGUAGACGUGAGCUGUUUGUACUCGCUGUGGUUGUUUAUUGUUUUAUCGGAGCUUUAGCAUCUACUACAUGUGGUGGAUAUCUUGUUCUAACUAUGCUUGAUCGUCAUGGUGCACCAAUCUCAAUUUUGUUCAUUGUAUUUUGUGAAUGUGUAGCAUUGUGUUGGUUCUACGGUACCAAACGAUUUUGUCAAGACGUACAAAUGAUGCUUGGAUUUAAACCUGGUAUAUUUUGGCAAAUCUGCUGGGCUUAUAUAAGUCCAAUUUUCUUGCUGGGUAUUUUUAUAGCAAAUAUAGUUUCUUAUGAAACACAACCUGUUUCUGUUUUGGGUGUUGUCUAUGAACCUACAACCUGGGUUAUUGCAUUGUCAUGGGCUAUAGUGUUCUCAUCUCCAAUAUUCAUUCCAAUCCUAAUGAUAUAUCAAUUAUUAAAGGCUAAAGGAACUUUUCUUGAAAGAUUACGUUUUCUUACAACACCUGAAGACCGACCAGCAUACGGGGAUCAACGAAUUACACUAAAUGCUAUUGGUGAAUAUGUACCAAAGAAAACGUCCAAAACAAAUAAAUUAUGCGGAAAUCCUCAAUGAUAUCACGUGCAAUAUUGAUGCAACUAUAAUAUUCACCUCAAUCUUCUAACUGCUAAUUUACUAUAAUAUAAAUAUACAUUUUUUACUUUCAAGAUUUAUUAUGUCAAACAUGUUCAGAAAGAACAUAUAUAUAUAUAUAUAUACAUAUGUAUUUGUCUUAAAUAUACCAACUCUCUCCUUUUUUUCGCUUGGACCAAUACCAAGUAUACACUUAUAGUAAAAACUUCUACAAUUACUCAUAUAAUUACAAAAUAUUAUCCUUAUUCUAGAUAUUCAUACCCUAUACUUUGAAUUUCAGAUAAUAUGAAACUGUCCAUAACUAAGAAUUUGACAGGUCAACGAAAACUAAAUCUUUAUUUUAUCAUUAGCUACCUUAAAGAUCUGUUGUGUUUUUUUUAUUAUCUCAACGAUAGCAGCAUAUUUGACUAUCAUGUGUCAGUUCAUUUAUCAUUUCAUAUUUUUAAAAUUGUAACCCUUAUACCUUCCAUAUUCUUCUCAAGAAAUAUCAUGGACAAGAGACUACCGAAUACUAGGAUUAUUCUCGAUGACAAUGAAGAUUAACAUCUAUGAAUGAGAAGAUGGUUAAAAAUUCAUAUUAACCGUUUGAUGUCAUACAAGUUACUCUUAUUUAAGUGUCUAUAUAUUCUUUGAAAAAUAAGUUUUAACUACGAAUUUCACAAUCUUUAAGUUAUACUCCACUAUACAUUGCAAUUUACAUGGUACAUAUUUAUAAAAGUAUAUUGUUAACUAAUUAUUCUG